GAAAAACACGCACACACACACACACGCACACACACACACACGCAGCGACCAACGGAUACAGAGGCAACAAGACGACGACACGUACGCAAGGACGAAGUACAACAGCAAGCAGCCAAAAGAAGCAAAGCACGAGCAGGAGCAGAAGCAGAAGCAGGUGGAUACUGUGGGCACGUUACACGUAGCAGCAACAGUGCAAGAUGGGUGACAGCGAGUGGCAGGAAGUCCGCCCAGUCAAGGGUGGCAAGGCGAAAGGCGGAAAGCCGCAGGGAGGCGGCAAGAAGAAGAAAGGCAAGGGCAAGAAAGACAAUGAAGACUCUGGCCCACGCCCGCUCCAGCCUGGCGUCUUCGGGCAGGCGGAGAUGAUCAUGGAGCAACGGCGGCAGGCCAAGGCCGACAAGAAGCGGGCGAAGAAGGAGGCCAAGCAGGCCGAGAAGGAGGAGGAGCGGAAGAAGCAGCGUGAGGCGCAGGCGCGGGCUGAGGCCAAACGGCAGCGCCACUCGUCAUCAUCGUCGUCGUCGCGAAAGGCGAUGAGUUGGGACAAGGCGGUGGCGGCGAUGGACGCGGACGCCAUCAAGGCCGCUCUCCAGUCUGCAAAGCUUGACUUUCCGAAUCACCCGCCUGUGCACAUGAAGCAUCUGAUGGACGCCAUCAUCAUCGCCCUCGACAACGGCUCCUCCUCAUGCACACAGCAGGUGAACCCGAUCAAGCGGUGCCCCGACGGUGUUGUGGAUGUGUUCCUGGCGGAGGCCGACCAGCACGGUACCGACGUGCUGCGGUCAUGUCUCGCCAUCGUCCUCAAGACUCUCAUCACCAACAACAUCCACGGGGACCACAUUCUGGCAUAUCAGCUCCUGGUGCAGCUCUUCAUCCGCUUUGAGACCGAACGCAGACUGCAAUCCUCGCUGCUGUACAGCGCUUACAAGGCGGUGGCCGACGAGUUCAGCAAGCAGUACCCCAAUAAGGCGGUUGUGAUGCCGCUGCUGUGGACGUUCAACCAGAUCCCAACAGCGCUCUCCGCCACCUUCAUCAUGGUGUGGCGGGUGCUGAUGCUGCCACUCAUGCUCGACAAGAAGACGGCACCAGACGUUAAGGCGGCGUGCGUUGUCGGGAUGGACCGGCUGCUGCCGCAGAACCACGACGUCUGCAUGGCCCGCAUCAAGGUGCUGGUGCGCCGGUCGACGCCCGGUGUUGAGUUUGACGCAUCGCGCACCAUCAUGCUCAUCACAGCCGCUUUCUCCUCAAAACUCGCAUUCAAGCAACAGGGCUCUCUGCGCCGCCAGUACCGCUACCUCAGGAACCUUGCGCUUGGCUCGCACGACGGGUGCAAGAAGUUGGUGGCCAAGCUGCCGACAGCAGCAGCCAACACCCCGCCCUCCGAAUCAGCGCUCCAGCAAGAGCUGCUUGAUCUUGCUGCGAUUGCGUUCAGCAUGCAGCCCAAGUACUGUGUCAACGCCCUCAUCGACGGAUUGCAGAAGCCCGCUGGUGUCGCUGUGUUCCUCAAGUUCCUCGUCGCCUCAAAGCGCAUCCCAGAACAGCGCUCGCGUGCGGAUUUCAUUUCCGCCAUUUCGUCGCUUCGUUCCGCUGCGGAACAAAACGCCGCCAGCGACGCGCACAAGGAGGUUGCCGCACUCUGCAAGGAUGUGCUGCAGCAGAUUGAUGAACGCAAGAAACAGGAGCAGCAGCUGAACUCCGUGGACGUUGUGUCGUGGGUGCUGCUGGUGCUGAUGUCCCUCUGCUUUGGCCUCCUCAUCCUCCUGGGAUCCUACACCUACUGCGAGUCGUACCCAACGCAGGAUUCACGCCCGCUGCCCCUCCACCACUACUGCGAGCGCCUUCAAGAAUGGGGUGUGCAUGACCAGAUGCAGCGCGUGCUCGACCUGACGCUUCCGCUCGGCCGCCAGCUCGAACCGCACAUCCUCGAGGGCAUUGCCCAGGUGAAGGACCACUGGCCGGUUGUGAAGCACCAUGCCGAGGCAACAUACGAGCAGAUCCUCCCAUACAUCACAGCUGCGCACGAGGACGCAGUGCCGCACAUUGUGCACGCGCUGGCGGUGGUCGGCGACGUGUACUUCCCGCUCAUGCACACGGCCAUGCAGGUGCUUGAGAAGUGGAUUGAUCAGGGCAUGACUGCCGUGGCCGCUGCUGCCCAGUAGACGCGCUACUUCCAUGGUCACCCAAGCGAGCGAGAGAGUGGGUGUUUCCAAGGAGAAGAAGGCGAAGAAGAAGAAGGACAAGAGUAGCAGACAUGUACCCAUUCAUCCCCCCCCACCUCCUCAUCGUUCCUUGUUCGGUUUUGUUUUGUUUCGCUUCUGUGCUUCUCCGUGUUUCGCUUCUGUGCUUCCUUGUGUGCGUUUCCAUUGAACAGACAUGCACGGUG